GGCUGUGACCGUCCCAGGUCCGUCCCCUGGUGCAGAUAAGCGGUGGCACCGUCCCCUGGGGUGAGGAUGUUGAUCCUGUUCCUGCGGGAAGGCAGCAGAAGGCGUGCGGGGUAGGACACGGCUCUGCCCCAGCACCUUUCCCUGCCCCUGCUCACCUGGUGCACCUGCCCUCGGGACGUCAUUUCGCUCUGCCCAUCGCGUCUGCGGGGCUGGCUGACGUCAGGGUGCGGUGGCCGGAACGCCCGGCCGGACGCGGCUUCACCUUCCCCGACAGCCGGGCCACCGCGGCCACCGCAGCCCGGGCUGCUGAUCAUCCUGCUGCGGCUGCAGAUCCCCACCCUGCUGCUGCUGCUGCUGUUGCGACUGCUGCUGAUCCUGCUGCUGCUGCAGCUCCGGCGUGCGGCCGCAGUCCAUCGCCCGGAGCAGCCGGCACCGAGUUACCCAGCCUGGCCACAGCCGGGGGAGUGCGGUAGCAGUCCCCGAGGUCACCGCAGAGAGACUGAGCCUGGACACCAAGGAAUAGCAAGCCAAACCCGCUGGGGAUUUGCAAUGCAAGCAGCCUUUCCAGGUUUCUUUUCCGCUUUGCUCCCACCCUGCUGUUGGAUUUGAGAUCAUGUCGGUUAAUAUUGUAGCUUUUGGGAAUGAAAGAGAUGGUUUUUCUGAGGACAAUCAGCAGCCCAGCCUGAUCUGGAGCUAUCUCGGGAGAAGUGCUCUCAUUUCCCAGAUCGACAGCAGCUUGUCUGCCAGUCAUGUUGGAAACCCGGUUUUUACUGAGUAUCAAGCCUGCAUAUUUGGAAAUGUCAGACUGGUGGUACAUGACUGUCCUGUCUGGGAUAUAUUUGACAGUGACUGGUACACUUCAUGCCGGCUCAUUAGAGGAGCUGAUAUUAUUGUGAUUAAAUACUCUGUCAAUGACAAGACUUCAUUUCAAGAAUUAAAGGACAGCUAUGUGCCAAUGGUAAAAAAAGCACUAAAUCACUGCUCAGUUCCAGUAAUAAUUUCUGCUGUUGGUGCAAGAAAAAACGGAGUGCCUUGCACUUGUCCCCUGUGCACUUCAGACAGGAGGAGCUGUGUCACAACCUCUGAAGGAGUUCAGCUUGCGAAGGAACUUGGAGCCACUUACCUUGAAUUGCACACUCUUAAUGACUUCUACAUCCAGAAAUAUUUUGGAGGAGUGCUUGAAUAUUUUAUGAUCCAAAGUUUGAAUCAGAAGUCAUCUGAAAAAAUGAACAAAAAGAAAAAGACGCAGAAGUGCCGUCGAGUCCAGCCACCUCAGCUUGAACAGCCAGAAAAGAUGCCGAUUCUAAAGGGCAAAGCCUCGCACUACAACGCAGACCUGCACAACCUGCUUUGCUGCUGCCAGUGUGCAGAUGUGGCUUUCUACCCUGAGGACCAUAGCAUGAUGGUGGAGGCUCACAAGAUCAUCCUCUGCUCUGUCAGCCACCUCUUCAUGCUGCUCUUCGGGGUGAAGAGCCCGUCCAACGCCCACGACACCUCCGUUAUGCAGCUGGCACAGAGCCUCUUUGCUGUGGAAGCGGGGGAUCCUUUCCCCUCCUCCCCCCGUGGUGUCCCACCCUGUGUCCCACCAGUCAGGGUGGUGGUGAAGGAUUCUGUCUUCUGCUCUUGUCUCCCAGACAUCCUCCACUUCAUUUAUUCAGGUGCUAUCCAGUGGGAACGAUUGGAAGAGGACAUAAGAAAGAAGCUGAAGGAUCCAGAUAAAACAGUACAUGUGCUUGAGAAAGUUAAAUGCAUCCUGAAAACUCCAGGAAAGCUAAACACUGUAAAGGACUGCAAGUCCCACCAGAUAAAACGGCUCUAUAAUACUUCUCUCAGGCUAUUCUUUAACACACCUGUGCUGGCUGAUGUAAUCUUCAAAAUACAAGGUGCAACUGUACCAGCCCACAGGGCAGUUCUAGUGGCUCGCUGUGAGGUUAUGGCAGCUAUGUUUAAUGGUAAUUAUCUAGAAGCAAAUAGCAUUCAGGUUCCAGUGUAUGGGGUUUCCAAAGACACUUUCCUGUCCUUCCUGGAGUACCUUUACACUGACUCCUGCUGCCCAGCCAGCAUUCUCCAAGCGAUGUCUCUGCUGAUCUGUGCAGAGAUGUACCAAGUAAUGAGACUCCAGCAUAUUUGUGAACUUUACAUCAUCACACAGCUUCAGAGCAUGCCUAGCAGGGAACUGGCUUCCACAAGCCUCAGUAUUGUUAGCUUGCUCAAAAAAGCUAAGUUUCACAAUUCUGAUUGCCUUUCAACUUGGCUUCUUCAUUUUAUUGCCACUAACUACCUCAUCUUCAGUCAAAAGCCUGAAUUUCAAGAACUUUCAGGGUUUCUUUAGGAUAUUCCAGCAGGAUGUUUCACCACCCUGGUGUGGGAUCAGCACACAACGUGACACAGCCAGCAUUGCAUCACCAUUUUUAUGGCUCCUGUUGGGAUGGCCAGGUUCCCACCCAUAAUUGAAUUUGCUGGACCAGUUUGGUCAUUGUAUGUCAACCCCUUCAUAUUAUCUUGCUCAUUUAAAUCAAGGUAAUGGGUCAUUUUUGAUACUUCUUCAAGUGCUGGUGUUUUUCUUUAAGAAAAUAGGAUUCUUAUAGUAUGCUCUAGCAGAUCUUAUAAAAUGAAAAAAAUGAUGGCCUAUUCAGUAAAUAAGCCAUCAGUAAAGUAAAUAAAUCCAGCUUCUUCCAGGGACCUGAUAUUUAUUUUUCCAAACAUUUGUAUUUGCUUCCGGUGGUGUAACUAGAAAGUUUUGCUCAUUGCUCUUGUGAUUUUCAUUCACCGUGAUGAGGGGUGCAUCUCUUUGGCCUGUGACACCUCAUUACCUCGAGGUUCAGGACAGCAACACAGCAGCAGGCAGCAGCUCUCCAAGGGUUCUCCAAGACCUGAGACCUUCAUAGAAAUGCAGAAUAAGCUGAGUUGGAAGAACACACAAGGAUCACUGAGUGCAGCUCCUGAGUCUGGACAACACCAUCCCCAAGAGUCACACCAUGGAGUGUGACAUGGAGUUGUCCAAAAGCUUCAUGAACUCUCUUGGGCUGGUGCUGUGACCACUGUCCUGGGGAGCCAAAUGCCAAAUGCCUGGAGUUCCAAUGCCAAAAUACACACUGGUGGAAGAACCUUUUCCUAAUCCAGCCUAAACCUCCCCGAGGAGGUCUGAACACAACUUCAGGCCCUACCCUUCGAGUGUCUGCCCCUCCUUUUCCCCUCUGCCUGUCUUCUUCUCCUCACUAGGAAGUUGUAGACCCCACUGAGGUCUCCCCUCAGUCUCCUCCUGGCUGAACAGACCAAGUGCCCUCAGAUGCUCCUCACACAGCUUCUGCUGAAGGCCUUUUACUGCCCUCCUUUGGACACUCACUAAUAGUUUUAAUGUCAUUCUUGUACUGUAGUGCCUAAUCUGCCCCAGACUUGAGGCAGUGCCAUCCCAGUGGACAGCAGAGCAGGACAAUCCCCUCCCUUGCCUGGCUGGCCAUGCUAGGCUUGGUGGCCCCAGGACAGGGAUGUCCCUCCUGGAUGCCAGGACACUGCUGACUCAACUUGUUAUCGACCAGGACUCCCAGAUCACUUUCCAGGGCACUGCUCUAUAACAUCUCAUUCCUCAGUCUGUCCAUAUGUCCAGGGUUGACCCAUCCCAGGUGCAGAGUCCUGCACUUUCCCUUUUUGAACUUCCUGUGGUUGGUGAUCACCCAGUCUUCCAAUUCAUUGAGGCUUCUCUGCAGGGUCUCCCUGUCUCUGAGGAAGUCAGGAGCUCCUCCCAGAUUUUUAGCAUCUGCAGACUUGCUGAGUGUCCUUUUCAGUCUUCCAUCUGGGACACUUAGGAAGAUGCUGAAGAGCACAGGACCAAGGAUGGAGGCCUUUGGAACCCUGCUAAUGACAGGUCCCCAGUGUGAUGUCACCCCAGUCACUGUAACUCUUUGUGCCUGACCUGUGAGCCAGUUGCUCACCCUUCACAUGAUGUGUUUAUCCAGCUGUGGGAUGGACAUUUUGUCAAGAAAGAUCCUGUUUUAGUGAGAAACAGAAUCAAAAACUUUACAUCAACUGGCUUCCCUUGGGGGCUACCUUGCCAUAGAGGAAGGAAAUCAGAUUUCAUUAGCAGGAUAUUCCCCUGAGGAUUGAAGCCCUGCCUUGUGCCCAGGUGAGUGCAGUUUGCCUGCCCUCAGGCUCUCCGGGCUGUGUGCCUCUCUGCUGUGCCUUCAUCUGAGGCCCUUAAGGAACCAGGAGCAAUGAAUGCAAGCUGACUCUGGCAUAUCUGGGAUUAAGGGGAUGAAAAUGCAUCUUUCUGCAAAUGCAGAGGAGAGUAAUCUACGUAAUAUGGGUAAAAGACUUUUAUAUGACUAUGUCAGUGAUUAAAAACCACAUGCAAUAAGAGAUUAAUGUCUUGCUGAAUUCUUAGCUACCCUCCUCACCUUGCUUUCUGUACUGAUCUUAAGAGAAACUACUGGCACAGGAAUUGAUAUACCCCGCUUUAUAGUUCUGCAGCGUAGAAAAAUCGUUGCAUACCACAUAUGACUAUCCUCUAGGGAUAAAGUAUGCUCAUCUUCAGGAAUAUCUCUCUGCUUUCCCUAAUGAGUAUUGUACUCAUUUUUUCAAAAAAACUUUUUUGUUACUAACUUAGUAACAAGGAAACAUUGUGUAGUAAUUCUUACCUCUUUGCCAUAGCAGAGCUCAAUGCUAAACAGGCAGCAUUCACCUUUACUGUUGUAGUUGUAUUUAUAUCUUUAAUGGGUUUUUUAUCUAUUUAAAAAUACUUCUUGCAGCCUGUGCACAUGUGCUCUAUGUGUAUAUAUUACAUUUAAUUUCUUCAUUUCUUUUUCUAGUGGAAGAGCGCAAUUUUGUAGAGAUGCACCGAUGGCCUUCAAACUUGUACCUGAAGCAGCUUGCUGAUUACAGGAACUAUAUCCACUCUCAGAAAUGCCACUGCACAGUAAUGUAAAGAGACUGAAUACAUACAAAGUACAUCUCAACUGCAAAAUUUCCAAUUGGAGAUUACAUAGAACAUAAAAUCCAUGUCAAGAGCGAAACCUGAUGCUGACCUCCUCUGGAAAUUACAGACAUUCUUUGUUUUGCUAACAAAUCACUCUAAUUUUUACAUGGAAGCAUUGAGAAAUGUAUGUUGAAGAUUUAUUUUAAGCACAAGGACUUCAUAUCUAUGGGGAUUAAAUAUAUUACAGGACAGUGCCAUGACUGGCAUCUGCUCCCCUUUCUAAUUUCCUUUUUCUUUAUUUUAUUGUUUUUCCUGGUUAUUUGUGGCUGCUAAAUGGAAUCGUUGAAAAUAGACUGGUUUUAUAAAUCUGUGUGUAAUAGAAGAAUAGGAAUACAGUAGCAGUGCAGGGAAGCUGAGAAGCCAGGUCAUAAGUUCUUCAUAUACUUCAGGAUGCAAAAAUUUUCUGCAGCAUUUGUAAGUUCACAAUAUAAUGGGUAGGCUUAAGAAGCAUUGUAGUUACCAUUAAUUUAUUACUCCAGAGAAAGCCUGUAGUUCCGUUAUAACCCUAUGAGUGGAUGUUUUAAUUCCAAAGGAAUACCUAUGCAUCAUGGUAUUUUCUAGUGUCUCCAAAUAUCUAAAGAAUGACAUAAUUUUUCCUGCCACUGGGUAGGAGAAGAAAGCUUGUUUUCACAAUCUGCAGAACACCUUUGUUAGUGUGGUCAUAUUGUAUUUUUCCCCAUGAGGAAUAAAGAGAGGGAAAACUGCGUAUGCUCAGAGCAUAUCUGUAUGGUACUGAUGGAUAGGGAAAAAAGGCAGAGGGGUCAACAACCUUUCUUGGGGUUUGAGCAAAAAAAACUUACUAGUAGAAGCGGCUUUUUUGGGAAAAGUGUGUCUAGUAAUCUUAGUCACCACAAUACAUGUUAGAUGUGCUGGUCAUGAGGGAGAUGACCCUCACAGAUUUGCCAGUGCUGCCAGGGAUGUUGGCUUUUGUGGUGGGAUUUCGAGCUAAAACCUCCCCAGCAGGGACUCAGUUCAAGUUUCGUUAUCAUCGUGUGCUCGUAAGCUGCACCAUGUGAGACAAACCUAGCUGUAGAUCCUUUCUGAGAUACAAGAGGAAAACCCAGAAUAUUAUGACUGGCAUGAUCCUUGCAGAUGCUGUUAGCAUUUUCUUGACCAAAAUAACUUGUCAUGCUGCUGACUUGUAUGUACAUGUGCUAAUGCCAAAAUGAACCCAGCCUUUUCUGAGCAUAGGUGCUUUUCUAGAAGCAAAAUCUAAUCAAGGAACUAAAUACCUCAUUAUCAUUCUUGUACUUUCAAUUCUGGUUUUUCAUCUGCCUUUGUAAUGUGGUAUGUAGCCUGAGACUGUGGCUUUUCUACCACAUCAAAUGUACCUGGAAACUGCAUCUGUGAGAAGGUGGAAAAACAAAUUGCUGGAGCUGAAUCUUUUUUUUUUAAAGGUGUAAGAAAUAUUAUAUUUUUCAAUACAGUUUCAUAGAUAAAUUGUUCUUCUCAAAUUCCAUUCUCGAAUCAUAGAGAUUGGGGUUUUUUUUGGUGAUGCUUUGCAGAACUUGAGAGGGUGUUUCCUUCCUUAUUUUUGUAUACACAGAAAAUAAAAAAGAGUUUAUGACUCAGCUGCAGACUCAAAAUUCCAAGGUUCCUUUUAGGCAAGAAUGAUUUUUUUUUUAAACUCUGCAGAUCCUAAAGUUAUUUAAAAGAUGAAUAUACUUAUCUACUUCUUGCAUAUAUGGAGCCUAAAAUAUAGAGAAUGAUAAUGCUUUUUCAAGAUCAUGAAAGAAAACUGAAAUUAUUAAACAAAAAAAAAAUCAGUAGGAAAGUGAUAUGUAUCGAACUUACACAUGAAAAAGUAGGUUUUAUAGUUAUAUAGUUAUCAAAAAUUUUAGCAAAAUUAAAUUACUGGAUGGAUAUUAAUAAAACUGUAAGGUUUUGAAGCUUAAAGCAAUGGAAAAAUUUGUGCAUGCAGUUAAACUACAGCUUGUCUAGACAUCUGAUAGCCUCCUGGGGUGCUUCUACCAAGAAGUCAGUUCAGUUAUCAAAAGUGGGGAUUAAAUGCUUCAUACUGACAUCCUGUGCAAAAGUGACACAAAAGCUCUUUGAAUGUUAGUCUAAGCUUCAAGUAGUCCUGCAUUUUUAAUAUUUUGGAAGCUUUCCCAGUUUUUUCACUAGGAAUUAGUCUGUUGCCAAAGAUUUGUGCAUAGAUAACACAUAAGAAAGUACUGGUUUUAAUUUUCUGUAAAUAUUUUAUAGGUAUUUAAAAAUAGGCUUCAUGGAAAUAGAAACACUUUAUAUCCAAACCAGAGAAAUAUUUUGCUAUUAUAAAUUUUAGACAGUGAUAGCCACAGGUUUUAUACAGACAAGUCAGGCAGUAUAAAAAUAUUUAGUAUUUAUUCAGAGAUUCAGAGAUUAAUGCUUACUACUGUUCAGGCAAUAAACCAAGUUUCUAUUUUACUGUGUAUCCCCAUAAUGCUGCCUGUAUCAGGUGCAGAUGUGUUGUACUUGCAGACAUACAGCAUCUGAUAAAUUUUAAGUUUUAGAAGAAAUCUUACUAGAUAUUCUUAUUUUCAUUUUUUAAGAUGAUUUUCUGUAGAAAUGUAUGUAUCUUAGAGCUAUUUUUAAACCUUUUUUAGCAUUUAGAAACAUGACUGAAAGUAGAUAAUGAUGUUGUGAGUUGCUAUUCUUAGCUGGUUUUAGUGGAGGUUUUAGGACUAUAUCCAUCACAGAUGGUCAGGAAUUAGGGCAGUACUGAAUUUGGUAUUUAUUUAUAACUGUGUAUGGCAUAAAGUAAAAACCGCUUUGAUGUAAACCCCCCACCCUAUACAUGGUAUAAAGUAAAAAUCAGGAACCAAAUGGAAAAAAAGUUAUUUAAGGAAGUGGUUUUGGAAAAAAUAAAAUAUUUCUGGAAUGCUUCCACUGGUUCCAACACCUCCCAAACUCCCCUGGCACUGGCAGGAUUCAGAUGAAAGAAAGAGGUGAGUGGUGAAUUUGGAUGUCCCUAGGCAGUACCUAUAGCAUUUGAAAUUAUAAUAUUUGGGCUUAAGUUUAAGUAGAUUUGCAGUUCCUGAGUCCUUCAUUAGAACUAACUCUCGAAAUUAACUUAAUUUUUGCUAUCCUAUAUAUGUGUGUUCUUGUCCCAAACUAGCACUAGGCUUUAUAGAGACUAAAAAAAAAUUUUCUGCACUAGUAAGGUUUUCCACAUGAUAGUUGGAAAAUCUUUGCUAUUGUCCUUAAGCCAUGGUGUGAUUGAUUUGAAAAAAAAAAAAAAACCAAAAACGAAAAGCAAAACAAAAAUCAAAACCCAAACAAACAAAAAAACCCAAACCCACCAAUCUGUUAGGAAAAAGAAUAGCUAUUUUAUUAGGCAUGUCCUAAAACUCUUGUAUGAUUUUUUUAGUGUACCAUGAACAAAUUACAUAUUUUUAGAUUGAAUAUGUAAAUUUUUUAUACAAAAUUUAAAAAAAAAAAGUUCUCUAAUCAGUCUUAUGUGAAUACUUAUGGAUAUAUAUUAACGUACUUGAGUGUUACACUGGUGAUAUUUUUUGUAGCUGAUUGGAAUUAUAGAACCAUACUGGCUUGGGAAGAGCCAUUGGCUUGGGUUGCAAGGGACUUAAAGAUCAUCUUGUCCCAACACCCCUGUCAUGGGUAGGGACACUUUCCACUAGACCAGGCUGGUCAGAGCCCCAGCCUCACCUUGAACACCCAGAUCCUCGAGUGAGCCACUGAGCCACGACAGCAGCAGUGACCACUGAUGGAAGCUGCAGGCAGUGUCCCAAAAGCCAGAGUGUGUUCAGGCAGCAGUGGGAGAAUUUGGGAGGAAGGGUUUGGUUUAUGAAGCAUUGAAGAAAGAGGGAAGAAAGAGAAAAAGGAAGGGGGAGAUCAGAUAGGAGAGGAUCACCAGUCUUGGGUCCAGCAUUGAUCCUGCUAGUUCCCCACCCAGGCUCUGUGGGGAUACCUUUUUAUAGGUAAGUAUAUGUAGGCUCCCUGCAUUUUUUUCUUACUUGUCAGACUUUUCCAGUGGUUCUGAAAACAGGAGGCACAAGGACACUAUUAAGACUCAUCCCAUCUUCACUGAUACUACUGUAAAUCUGUGGGAACCUGCUCAUCUUUUUCCUAAAAGCUUGUCUGGUGAGAUUUUUGCUAUCUUGUGACAAGUGCAGAACUGCAGGAAAUUUACUGUGGAAAGGGAUGGAUGGGUAGGAUAAUUGGAAAUCAUGCAGAGGAUUGGCACUAACUUUGCUGUAGAUGGUGUCUUCUUUCCAGGGUUGUGACACGGUAUUCAGCCAUCAUGGGUUACCUGAGAUCGUUUGUGCCCACUUUGCUGCAGUGGUAUUAGGGGAAGCUCUGCUGGUGGAGAACAGGUAACACAGUAUUUGCUAUCAUUGUAAGUCCACAGUGUCUCUUAGAAAACACUACAAAAACUGGUGUCAGUACAAAGACAGACAUAUCAGCCAGUCCAGGUCUGCUCCAGAAGCCUCAGGUUGAAGACAGAGAAGGCAAACACCUAAGGCAGCAACACUUCACCCAAGCACAGAGGGUAGUUUGGGGUGGAAGACUGAAUUCUGGUCAAAGCUUUAUUUUUAAAAGGUUUGCAGUUAUUCUUCCUCUCUGGGUCAGUAGUUCGGACUUUUCAGUACAGUGAUGUCCUCACGGAAUGUUUUUUACUGCAUGUAUUUUGCAAUCAAUCUUAUUAUUAUGAAAAUGGCUAUUUUGAAAACAUGUAUCUUAUUAAGUCUUGAAGCCAUUCUUAGCCUGUGUAUGUGGCUGCCACAUUUGGAAAGGAGGAGGACGUUCAGGUCAAGUGGUGGGGAAAAACGCUCUAUCCUCCAGUAUUGAGAUCCAUCCCUUUUCUCAGUUCUGCUCCACUCCCAGCCUCUUGUUCAAGGACAGCUGAAAACAAUGGCUGAGCCCAACAAGAAUAUCACUCUAUACAUCUUCAUCGUGUGCAGGCUCCCUUUGUGAAAUCUGUGAGGCAGAUUUCAUCAGAGGAAACCAGCCCUGAUUCUGACUUUUGUGGCUGUCAGGGUUAAGACUGUUUUAGGGUUUUUAACCUGAAAGACUUUCCACAUGACCUGGAGAUUCACCUGGGAACUCCAAGCUGAAGACAUUAAAUUCUCACUAUUCUUUGCUCAGAAGGAUAAAGAUUGGGAGGUUGGCUAUCGGCUGCAAAUGCAAAUCAACAACUACCUACAUUCCUUUAUAUGUUCAGCCAUGCUCAGUUAACAAGAGAAAUCAGCUGGACAAGCCUGGGCCACAACACACCCAUCCUUUUGAAGACCAAGGAUACUCCAGUUCAUAUACAAAAAACUUUCUAAAGACUGGGACAUCUUUUUAUUCAUUAACCUGAUGAGUUCUGCUUUUUCCUACACCAAAAUCAACUAGCCUGCAGUAGCAGGUGGGGACCGCCCAAAGCACAGGCAAAGCCUCACUAGCAGCACUGCAAGCUAGGAUGCUCAGAUCUGUUUUGCACCACAGGUUAUCCCAACUGUGAGCAGGCAUGGGACAGAGGAGCGGGUGACAGGCUUCUGGUGAAGCCAGCAGGGUGCCGGCCCCCAUCAUAUUCCUCUGCCAAGGACACUGUGACCUGCCCCAUUCCCAGGGGUCUCAAGCAUUCUUCCAGUUCUCAGGGAUGCUCCUGCUUUGUUCCUCAGAUAUGAACUUGCAGAGUUAGAUCCAAGCUAUGCAGAACCUCAUGAGCUCAUAUAAUAAUUUUUAACAGGCAUAUAAAGCAGCUUUCCAGCAACCAUAAUUUAUUGGAUUGAUGGCUUUUUUGUUGUAAAAUUCAAGUCUUUUUCCACUUAAAGGUGUUGUGUUUUUUGUUUUUUUUCCUGUUUGGGGUAGAG